AUGACGCAGAAUUCUUCUGGACUUCUGGCAGCUUACAAGCUGUACAUUCAUGAAAAGUUUAUCCUUUUACGAUAUCUUGUCUUCCAAUCUGCAUUUCUCCUCUGGAAGAUUGGAAUUAUUGGAGGGACAGGUCUGGAUGAUCCUGAGAUACUAGAAGGUCGAGCAGAGAAAUACAUUGAUACGCCAUAUGGAAAGCCAUCAGAUGCACUGAUUUCAGGAAAGAUAAAAAAUGUUGACUGUGUGCUUCUGUCCAGGCAUGGGAGACAUCAUUCUAUUAUGCCAACAAAUAUAAAUUUCCGUGCCAAUAUGUGGGCACUAAAGGAAGAAGGUUGCACUCAUCUGCUAGUGACUACUGCCUGUGGUUCAUUAAGAGAAGAGAUUCAGCCAGGAGAUCUUGUUAUAAUUGACCAGUUCAUAGACCGGACAACAAAAAGGCAUCUCACUUUCUAUGACGGGACUUAUUCCUGCCUUCCAGGAGUGUGCCACGUUUCUAUGGCGGAACCUUUCUGUGCCAAAACUAGAAAAGUUCUCCUGGAUGUUGCUAAAAAGCUUGGAAUCAAGUGUCACUCAAAGGGGACAGUAAUUACAGUUGAGGGACCACGUUUUAGUUCUCGAGCAGAAAGCUUGAUGUUUCGCAGCUGGGGGGCUGAUGUUAUCAAUAUGACGACAGUCCCAGAAGUGAUCCUGGCAAAGGAGGCGGGAAUCUGCUAUGCGAGUAUUGCCAUGGCAACAGAUUACGACUGCUGGAAAGAACAUGAAGAAACAGUCUCAGUGGACAAAGUUCUAAAGACGUUGAAGGAGAAUGCAAAUAAAGCAACUAGCCUGUUGCUUACUGCCAUACCUCUGAUUGGAUCCAUGGACUGGGCAGAAACCCAUCAGAACUUAAAAAAUACUGUGCAGUUGUCCGUUAUGCUACCGAAACAUUAAAAACCUAGCAAGAUAUAGUACUUCAAGAUCACAAAAUAGACAUGUUUACUUUUAAAGAAUGCCGUUAAUAGAUGCAACAUUUUUCACUCCCAUCUGCUAAUUUGCUGCUUGUUUUGGAAUGAGAUCUUGCAGAGGCUGAAGAAUAGAAUAUUCAUAGCAGACGGAACAGUAAUUAAUUCUAAAAACUGACAUUUCACAGACUAUGAACAUAAUAGCAAAUACUUGAUAUUCGUGCUCCAUAGACGUGAGAGAGGUAAAAAAAGGGUUACAGUUCUAGUUCAAAUACUAGAUCAUAACUCAAUCUAAAAAUGGCAAAGCCAUAACAAGGUAUGUUUAUGUGCCCUUAAUUACCCCCACAUGAAGUGGGGUAGAAAUCUUCAUAUCACCAGAACGGUUUCAGUGGUAGAUUGCCUUUCAGUGGCAUUUUUAUAAUGCAAAGAAAUGGUUUUGAAUGUAGAUUAAAUGCAUUUUUAUGAUGCUUUUUAAUAGAAAAUUACUGACUUUUUAAAAAUAAGAGCAAUUACAGGUUGUACUUUUUUGUUUUAAAGAUCUCCUGGCUGAGAUUUUUCAAACUGACAUGAUAUGGUUUUUAUGUAUUUGGCCAAUUGUCAAGAAAACCUUUGCUUUUAUCGUGAAUGUCAAAACCGUCUUCCUUUGUGUCUUCAGUUCAGUAUGCUGGACUUUAUGAGUUGCUGGAUUGAUUCAUUUUCUUUUUAUAUUUUUUAAUGAGUUGUGCAGCAGAUAUGUUGACUGGUUAUAUAUAUAUAUAUUUUAAUUGAAUUGCUUUGUGGUUUUCUGGAGAACAGAAAGCAGGAUACUUGAGUUUUGUAUAAUAAAAAAUAAAGACAUUUUAAGACCACAAAGAACUGAAUCAUGUAUUCCCCCAAUUGCUAAUAGUGAGGGGUUGAGCAAUUCCAUUUCCGUUAGAAGUUUUCUGGUGCCCUUCUGGCUUUUGUAGCUCCUCUCCAUUUCCCAAGGCCACUAUGUUACUUCAGAAGAAAUCCUUCCAGUUCUGCAACCACCUUUUACUGACGCCUCCAAUAUACCAUUUACUUGUCUAGCUUUUUCCUAAAUAUUUUGAAACAUGAAGAGUGAUGAACAACUGCAACAUCUCUGAAGAACAUAUUCACGUUCUUUGGAAUGCUGCUGCUGAAUGUUUACAAUACACAUUGUACUGUUGUAUCCGUGUAAAUUAUGCCUUAGUUGUAUAUGUUAAAAUACCCCCUUUUCUGUUUAAGAAAGAAUGUACUGCUGCUUUUCUCAAAUAAAACUCAGUGUAACCUC